AUGGAAAGAGAAACUAUCUCCACAGAGAACGUCCCACCAUCUUCUCCAACUCCGCAAAGCCAGCAAAGGUACAACCUCUCAAUGCUCGAUCAGAUGAUCCCCUCCAUGCUUGUACCUCUCGUCCUCUACUACCCUUACCCCACCGACACCGCCUCCCCCGACGAUCCCCACUCUUUCGCCGCCCGGUUCACGAGCCGGCUCAGGCGUUCCCUAUCCGUAAUCCUGACCCGAUUCUACCCGCUCGCCGGCCGGGUCAACCCGGACGGCCAGUCCAUCGAUUGCCACGACCAAGGCGUCCCCUUCACCGUCGUCCGCUUCCCGGCCACCCGCCUGUCGGACCUCCUCUCCAAGCCCGACGAGGCCCUCCCGCGCCACCUCCUCCCAUGCCCCGUCACCUGGGACUCCGAGCCUGGGCCCGGCUCCAGCCCGGCUCUCGUCCAGCUCAGCCACUUUUCCUGCGGCGGCGCCGCCCUCUCCCUCGUCCUCUGGCACAAGGCCGCCGAUGCCGCCACCUUGGGCGAGUUUGUCGCCGCAUGGGCCGCCGCGGCCCAGCCCGCUGAAUCCAACCCGGUCCGACCCAUAUCCCCGAAUUACCUCGCCCAGCAUGUUUUCCCUUUCCGCCCCGAAAUCCCAAGCGGGUCGGUCUCCAUGUCGGAGAUUCUCAAAACUGGGACCUCCGUCAUGCGGCGGUUCGUGUUCGACAAGGUCUCAGUCGAGGUGCUCAAGUCGUCGAUAUCGGCCAAAAAUCUGACGCGGGUCGAGGCCGUGUCGGCCCUUCUUUGGCGGUGCUUCAUGGCCGCGUCCCUCGCGAAUGGGCGGGCCUACUCGGUUCUGACCCACGCGGUCAACUUGAGGCGGCGGGCCCGCCCGCCGUUCGGGCCCGACUGCUUCGGGAACUUCCCGGGCCUUGCAGCGGCCUCGGCCGAAAAUCGGGAGGAGUUCGGGUUGGUGAAAUUGGUCGAGAAAAUGAGGGGUGCGGUCGGGAAAAUCGACGGGGAAUUCGUAGAGCGGAUGAUGGGGGACGAGGGGCUCGAAGGCUACCGGGAGAAUCUAGGGCUCGUGUGGCGGGACAUUCCCCGAAAUGCGGACAUGCUGUCGAUUUCGAGCUGGUGCGGGUUCGGUUUUUACGAGGCAGCGGAUUUCGGGUUCGGGAGGCCCGAUUGGGUGACGAGGUGCGAGGCGGGUGGGGGGCCCGGGUCGAAGUUUUUGAACGUGGUUUGGCUGAUGGACACGAGGGACGGGAAAGGGGUGGAGGCGUGGGUGGUGUUGGACGAAAAGUAUAUGACGGUUUUCGAGGGGGACGUCGAUUUACGGGCUCGGGCGUGGCGCGACCCGAGUCCGGUGGAUAAUGCGGGUGGUUUUAUGCAGUGA